CUGCAGCACAUGAGCUGCCUUAUCACCACUGCCAUCAUCACGUCCUCACGUGAGACCAUAAUUAGACCUUUUACCUCUGGGCAGGCUCCUGCGAAUUUGUAGCUCUGCAGCAUUUAAUCUGCAAUCAAACCAGGAAGUUGAAGGAAGUCCGGGUGCAAGACCUGUUAGUCAGCCACUAGGUCUGAGCUGGAUUGCCCAAAGCGCCUGCCCUUCAGGAGCUCUCUGGCGAAGCAGCUGGAUCACAAUGAGCCAUGACUGAGUGCCCGGCUAUUUAGAACACAUGACAGGACACCUAGAGUGGCUGCCUAGAUCCCAGCUGUGCCUCACUUCCCCACCAGGCCUUCUCCUCUCAGGUGCUCUUGGGAGGAUCUCAGCUGGACACAGCCAGCAGCAGCCAGCCGGUUACCUCUGGACCGCUUUGGAGAAGCACCCAGAGAGGGUCCGGCCCCCCAGAGCCAAGAGGCCUGGUGACCAAGAGGCCAGCCACCCAGGAUCCAUUUGGGGCCCGGAGCAGCCCCCUUCGGAAGGCCCCCUUGUUGCUGCUGCUGCUGCUGCUACUGCAGCCCUAGGAUGGGUCUGCGCGAGUCGCCCUACUCCAACUGUGUCCUGGGGGCCAUGGACUCUGUGCUGCGGCACAUCCUCUUCCCCAGCUAUUGGCUGGUGAACCAGCUGCUGGCCUUGCAGCAAACCACCCAGGAAAAGCAAGAACACCAGCACGGGCUGCCCUAUGCCCUGGAGGCGGCGGGGAAGGGGGUCGUCUUGGUGCCCCUGCUGCUCCUCUCUGCCCCUUUCUCGCUGCUGGCCUUCCUGCUGUGGCUGCCCCUGCAGGCCGCCCGCCGCCCCUUUGCCUACCAACACACGCCGAACCAGGCCCCGCCAGAGGCGUGGGUGCUCCCCGGCCCAGCAAAGACCUUCAGUGUGGUCAGCGGCAACCUCUGCCUGCUUCCCGUUGGCUUGGCCAAGUUCAGCAACCUGUCGCGGACGCAGUGGCGUGCCAAGCACAUCGGCCAUGCGCUGGCGCGGGCGGCCUCCAGCUCCCCACCAUCUCACGAGCCAGGCCCCCGGGGGGACUUCCAGAUUGGCUUCAGCCCCUCAGGCGUGAGGAAGUAUGGGUCCAUGGAGGCCAGCCCCCCACGGUCCGGCCAGGGCUCCCCUCAGCUCAGCGGGGAUGUGAUACUUGAGGUGCCCCUCGAAGAGGAAGGAGCGGCUGCCGGGUCGCCCGGGGAGAUCACGACCCACUUCCCCCCCUACGCGGACGUUGUGUGCCUGCAGGAGGUCUUUGACCGGCGGGCCUCGGGGCAGGUGCGCCAUUUCCUCGCCCCCUGCUAUGAGCACAUCAUCUACGACGUGGGCACCCUCGGGGUGGUGGGCUGCUCAGCCUUGAAGCUCCUGAACAGCGGGCUCUUCCUGGCCAGCCGCUACCCAGUCCUGGCCGUGCAGUACCACUGCUACCCCAACGGCACUGGCGAGGAUGCCUUCAGCGCCAAAGGGCUGCUCUGUGUGCAGGUGCAACUGGGAGUUUCUCAAGGGCAAAGGAUUGUGGGGUACCUGAACUGCACCCACAUGCACGCUCCAGAAGCUGACAGCCAGGUCCGGUACGACCAGCUGACUCUGAGUCUGCUUUGGGCCCAGCAAUUCCAGGAUGCAAAUGCGCAGCCCGGGGACAUUGUGGCCUUCGACAUCUACUGUGGGGACCUCAACUUUGACAACUGCUCAACAGGGGAUGCGUUGGAGCAAGUGCAUGAGAUCUUCAACGUCUACACAGAUCCGUGCCGCAUCGGACCCCGGAAGGACAAGCCUUGGGCUAUCGGCACCCUGAUGAAUUACCUGAAGAUCUAUAGCAAGGCUGUGUCGACCCCAAAGCGCAUGCAGAGAACCCUCACAGAGCCCAAGGGGCGGCGGAAGUACCUGGCCGGCCCCAUCACGGAGGACGGGACCCCCGACCCCUCGGUGACCUCGAUCGAGGGGCGGCGCAUUGACUACAUCCUUUACCGGGAACACCUCAACCCCCUGGAGCUGAAAACGGCUGUGGAGAAGUUCUUCUUCAUCACUCGCCUGGCCACCUUCUCAGACCACCUGCCGGUGGGCCUGCAGCUUCGCCUGACAACACAGCCGGAAGCGUGAACUCUUCCCAUGCCAAGCCAGGGAGGCGUCUGUGAGCCGGAAGACACACGCCCUCCUCACAGCUCAGCAGUAGCAGCAGGAUCAGGCCCUGGGCCCAGUUUGAGUGGCGAGGAGGAGCCGUGCUUCUGUGCAGGGUUUCCUGGGGCAGAGGAGGCCUCAGGCCAAGCUGGAGUGCGGGAGGGGGCUGCACUGGCAGGCCGCUUUGUGGGCGAGGCACCCCCUCCACCUGCCAAUCUGAGAACGACCUUCAGGAACCCCAGUUGCUGCCCCAGGGCCAAAGGGCAGGCCUGCAAUGGCCAUCACCCCCACACCCCCAGCACUUGCAAGCUAUCGAGGGUUUUACCAAACUGAGGCUUAAAAACAAAUGUCCUGCGUGGCGUGAUUGUGACUUGUCCCUCGAAGGCCCUGUGGGGCGUGGAAUUGGAGGGGUGACCCUCAUUUGUCAACUCAAGGUGCCCCCCCAAGCGUGAGGGAUGGUGCCUGGGGGGUGGCAGCACCACUCAGCUUGGCGGAAAUAGGGGAGCACGGCUGGCGUGGCCUACCCUCUAGGACUGCCAUGAUGGCCAUCGCCUGCUUCAGGGCUGAAGUUUCCCCACCCAAAUGCUUGUGUUUUCACCCAACAGUUUGUGAACUGCAGAAGGACUUCUUAGCCCCUCUGUGCCGAAGGUGAGUGCCUACCUGCUCACCUUCAUACCUUUCAAUAAACUUCUGCUCGUUUUUGUGCAA